AUGGCACCCGGCCCGCGCGUGAUAUACUGGUUCCGGACCGACCUCCGGCUCCACGACUCGCCCGCCCUUGCGGCCGCGCUGGCGCUCGAGCCGGUCGCCCUGUGGCCCAUCUUCACCUGGGAUCCGCACUAUGUGUACCGCGCCCGAGGCGGCCUGAACCGGUGGCAGUUUCUAUUGGACUGCCAGAAUGACCUAUCAGAGAGCAUCACCAAGCUGAACCCAAAGUCCAAGCUCUUUGUGCUUCGCGAGGGCCCGCAGACGCUGUUCCCCAAGCUCUUCAAGGCGUGGAAGGUGACGCACCUCGUCUUUGAAAAGGACACGGACGCGUACGGCCGCGAGCGGGACGAGGUGGUCAUCAAAGCCGCCCAGGAUGCCGGGGUGGAGGUGAUCAUCAAGAGCGGGCGGACGCUAUGGGACAGCGACGCUGUGGUCGAGAAGCACGGCGGCAAGCCGACCAUGUCCAUGUCGCAGCUGCAGGCGGCCGGGGCCAAGGUCGGGCCCAUUGCGAAGCCCCUGGCCGCGCCGGAGUCGCUGCCGGAUCCGGGUGAGAUGCCGGUUGACUUUGAGCAGACGCCGCCCGAGACGAAGCCCGACUUCAACGCGGAGAACCGGACCGAGGGCGGGGACGCGGCGUACAAGAAGAUUGCGGGGCCCAAGGGGGACUUUGCGAUUGAGACGAUGGAGGAGCUUGGGUUCCCGUCGGCGACGACGCCUCACAAGGGCGGAGAGACGAGGGCGUUGGCGAUGCUCGAGGAGAUUCUGGCCGACAAAAAGUAUACAGCCACCUUCGAGAAGCCAAAGACGAGCCCCGCGGCGUUCGAGCCUCAGUCAACGACCUUUCUAUCGCCGUUUUUGCACUUCGGGGCCCUGUCGGUGCGCGAGUUCUACUGGAGGGUGCAGGACGUCGUGACAAAGUACGGCAAGGGUGCUUCCAAGGUGCCGGAGAGCUUGCUGGGCCAGCUGCUCUUCCGCGACAUGUAUUUUGCGGCACACGCCGCACUGGGCUACCAAUUCACGCAGACCGCCAAUAACCCCUACUGUCGCUUCAUCCCGUGGCAUUUACCAUCCAAGGUCGAUCACGAGACGGGCCUCGUGACGGGCGAGUACCACGUCGACUCGGCAGAGGCGGACGAGUGGUUCCGGCGGUGGAAGUACGGCGUGACAGGGUUCCCGUGGAUCGACGCCCUGAUGCGACAGCUUCGCGAGGAGGGGUGGAUUCACCACCUGGGGCGCCACUCGGUCGCCUGUUUCCUGACGAGGGGCGGUUGCUACAUUGACUGGGAGCGCGGCUGCGAAGUGUUCGAGGAGUGGCUGCUCGACCACGAGCCCGCGUGCAACGCCGGCAACUGGCAAUGGCUGAGCUGCUCGGCCUUCUUCUCGCAGUACUUUCGGUGCUACAGCCCCGUGUCGUUUGGACAAAAGUGGGACAAGCAGGGCGCCUUUGUGCGGCGAUGGGUGCCGGAGCUCAAGGACCUGGACGCCAAGUACAUUUACGAGCCGUGGAAAGCACCGCUGCCGGACCAGAAAAAGGCCGGGGUCAGAGUGACGGGUCGCGGAGAGAAACAGGAAAAGGGCGUGUACCCGAAGCCAAUGUUCGACUUCAACGAGAGGAGGACGGCGUGUCUGGCGGCGAUGAAGCAGGCGUACGGAGUCGGUCUCCACGGGAACGACGAGAAGGUGCGGGACGGCAACUGGCGCGAGCUCUUUGCGGGCCAGGACACGGAGAUGAUGGACGAGUUUGAGAGCGACGACGGCGAGCACGCUGACCACGGCGAGGACCACAAGACGGCGCGACCCAAGGGAGAUGAGGUUACACCGGCGAAACGCGCUGCCGACGAAGGUAGCGCCGAACAGCACGCCGACAAGAAGAAGAAAAAGUCGUAG